GCUAUUUAAAGCUGCGCGCCGCAGCCCAGUAGCCACCUCACUGUUCUGUGCUGGGGGGUUGUGAAGCGCAGCAAUUAUGGCCGACCACGUUGUUCUCAACACCGGCGCCAAGAUGCCCAUGCUGGGGCUGGGCACCUGGAAGUCCUCUCCAGGCCAGGUAACCGAGGCUGUGAAGGUAGCAAUCGACAUCGGGUACCGUCACAUUGACUGUGCCCAUGUGUACCAGAAUGAGCACGAGGUGGGGUUGGCCAUCCAGCAGAAGCUCAAGGAGCAGGUGGUGACACGGAAGGAGCUCUUCAUCGUUAGCAAGCUGUGGUGCACCUACCAUGAGAAGAGCCUGGUGAAAGAAGCCUGCAAGAACACGCUCAAGGACCUGCAGCUGGACUACCUGGACCUCUACCUUGUUCACUGGCCGACGGGCUUUAAGGCUGGGAAGGAAUUUUUCCCAUUGGACGAAGCAGGCAAUGUGAUUCCCAGUGACACGGAUAUUUUGGACACUUGGACGGCCAUGGAGGAGCUGGUAGAUGAAGGGCUGGUGGCAGCUAUUGGCAUCUCCAACUUCAACCAUCUGCAGAUUGAGAGGCUCUUAAACAAACCUGGCUUGAAGUAUAAGCCAGCGGUUAACCAGAUCGAGUGCCACCCAUACCUAACUCAGGAGAAACUAAUCCAGUACUGCCAGUCCAAAGGCAUCGCUGUGACUGCCUACAGCCCCCUUGGCUCUCCUGACAGGCCCUGGGCCAAGCCAGAGGACCCAUCCCUCCUGGAGGAUCCCAGGAUCAAGGCAAUUGCAGCCAAGCACAAUAAAACUUCAGCCCAGGUUCUGAUUCGGUUCCCCAUGCAGAGGAACUUGGUGGUGAUCCCCAAGUCAGUAACACCUGAACGCAUUGCUGAGAACUUCAAGGUCUUUGACUUUGAACUGAGCAGCACUGAUGUGACCACCUUACUCAGCUACAAUAGAAACUGGAGGGUCUGUGCCUUGGUGAGCUGUGCCUCCCAUAAGGAUUACCCCUUCCACGAGGAGUUUUGAAGCUGCAGAUGCCUGCUCUUCCCAAGUGACCUACACCUGUUUUUCCUGCCUCAUCUUUCUUGCAAAUGUGGUGUGGUCUCAGCUGAGGGACAGCAGCCUUCAGACUGGCCAGUGAGGGCAUGUCUGGCUUGAUGUUGGGUCUGGAGAGCAGUAUCAGUAGAGUAGAAGGAUCUUUAGUUUUCCUUGCCCUUGUUUUUGCCCGGCUGGGGAAAAUAAAACCUGAAUACCCUUUUCUGACCAAGGAGAAGCAAAAUCUACAAAGUCAAAACAGUGCCACUAACAGUUGAGUUUUGACUCUUUAAACAAUAAUCCGUUUAGCCAGACUUCUCUUUGCCUCAAAUAAAAAGUGCUUUUGUGAAC